AUGGAGGCUAUUGCUAUCGUAGGAUUCUCAUUCCGCUUUCCUCAAGAUGCUGACGAUGUGAAUGGUUUCUGGGAUAUCAUUCUCAAUGGGAAAUCGACCAUGACAGAGGUCCCAAAGAAUAGAUGGGAUAUCAAUGGAUACUACUCUCACGAUCAGUCAAAACUCGACUCUCUCCCUUGCCGCGGAGGACAUUUCAUGAGGAAUGAUGUCGCCAAAUUUGAUGCUGCGUUUUUCUCUAUGAAUGAAUCGGAGGCCAAGGCCAUGGAUCCACAGCUCCGUGGGCUGUUAGAGGUAACUUUCUGCGCUCUCGAGAAUGCGGGUAUCAAAUUAGACGGUGUGCGUGGUUCCAAGACGUCCGUGUUUGUUGGGAAUAUUUCCUCAGACUAUGAACGACUCUAUGGGCAUGACGAAGAGAUCCAAUCACCCUAUAAAGCGACUGGAGUUUCCAACGCAAUGCUUUCUAAUCGCCUGAGUUGGUUCUAUGACUUGAGGGGACCUAGCAUGACCGUGGACACGGCAUGCUCAAGCAGCUUAGUCGCUCUUCACCUCGCAUGUCAAAACAUACGUGUAGGGGAGUCUAACAUGAGCUUAGUCUGUGGUUCAAAUCUUUACUUUGACCCGAGAGCAAGUGCCAUUCCCCUCUCUAAUCAAGGAUUCUUAUCCCAGAAUAGCACCAGCAAGAGCUUUGAUGAAGCCGCAGACGGAUACUCAAAGGGUGAGGGUCUCGCAGUAAUCGUACUUAAACGUGUGUCCGAGGCACUUCGCGAUGGUGAUACAAUUCGUGCAGUAAUCCGAGGCACUGGUGCGAAUCAAGAUGGCCGAACCCCGUCAAUAGCCCAGCAUAACCCCGAGGCCCAAGCCGAUCUCAUACGAAGAGUAUACAACGAUUUCGACAUAGAUCCCGGGGUCACACGGUACUUCGAAGCUCAUGGAACGGGAACAACAGUGGGAGACCCCAUUGAGGCCGAUGCAAUUCAGCGUGUCUUCGGAUGCUAUCGCUCAAGGGCUGAUCCCCUCUAUAUUGGUUCAACUAAGGCAAACAUUGGACAUUUGGGAGCGACCAGUGGUCUAGCUGGAAUGAUCAAAACCGUUCUCGUCCUUGAGAAGGGAAUUAUUCCUCCCAUAGCGCUGCUAGAAAACCUCAACAAGAAGAUAGACCCAAGCUGGAGCCUGGAGUUUCCUACAGCGCCUCUUCCAUGGCCAGGAGUUGGCGUUCGGCGCGCCUCCGUCAAUGCAUUUGGUUACGGUGGGGCCAAUGCUCACAUCGUUAUCGAUGAUGGCCGAAGUUUUCUGCUCGAACAUGCACCCUUCAAACUGAUUGAUACGUUCGAUGCCCCAGUAUCGAAGCACCUGUUGGUGUGGUCCACCGCAGACGCCAGCGGUUUCGGCAGACUCGCCUGCCAACUAUCCCGGAAUGUUUCUGGAAAAUGUACCGAGGACCAAUCUGAGUACCUGCAUGAUCUUGCAUAUACACUAUCCGAAAGGCGCACCCUAUUUCCAUGGAGAUCUUUCGCUUUAGCAGAGAACUGUACCGACCUGCAAGAGAAUAUCAUUCAUAGUCUGCUAAAGCCGAUGCGCUCGUCAACCGCACCGAAUAUCCAUUUUAUUUUCACAGGCCAAGGUGCGCAGUGGGCCGGUAUGGGUAUGGAGCUCCUCCGAUAUCCGAUCUUUGAAAGCAGUAUGCACGCUGCCGACGUUCAUUUCCGUGCCCUUGGGUCUAGUUGGUCGUUGAUAGAUGAGUUAAGGGCGUUGAACUCAUCUCGAAUAAAUGACCCUGAAAUAGCUCAGCCGGCAUGCACUGCGUUGCAAGUUGCUUUAGUGGACCUUCUAGCCGAUUGGAACAUACAUCCACACUCAGUUGUGGGACACUCUUCGGGAGAAGUCGCGGCAGCUUACAGUGCUGGCUCUAUCUCAAAAGAAUCGGCAUGGACCAUCGCAUACUUCCGAGGCUCCAUAGCCUGUCGCCCCCAGUCGACCACAAGUGGUUGCCAGGGUGCCAUGAUGACUGUCGCACUCUCAGUCACUGAAUUACGUCCGUACUUGGAAGAAUAUACUAAACGCCCAAAAGAUUGCCAUGGUGUAUCCGUUGGAUGCAUCAACAGUCCACGAAAUACGACAUUAACCGGCUCAGCGGUAUCCAUCGAAGCCCUCAAGAAACGGCUGGAUGAAAAUCAAGUCUUCACUCGGAAACUCAACAUUCCCGUGGCCUAUCAUUCUAUCCACAUGCUGCAGUUUGUGCAUCAGUACCGCGAAUCACUCAAGGGUGCUAUCUCGUACGAUGAUGCUCGACAACAUCCCAUCUCCACCCUUUUCUCGUCUGUCACAGGCCAACCCCUUUCCUCCGAAGAACUCCUUGACCCUGAAUAUUGGGUGAGAAAUUUACUUUCUCCGGUAGUAUUUGAGGACGCAAUUCGCCGUUUGCGAAAUGAUGCGAAUGAUCGAACUGGACAUGGGGCCAGCUCGAAAGCGAUAAAUUGCCUAAUCGAAGUUGGACCCCAUCCCGCUUUACAAAGAUGUGUGUUGGAUAUAUUUCAUGAGACCCCGGAUCUCGAGUACCACCGAUCGCUCCGGCGUAACACUCCUGCCGUCUCCAGCCUGAAAGAGCUUGGUGGAAGCUUGUUCAUGCGUGGCUAUCCGGUCGACGUCAAGAAGAUAAAUCAAGAGAAUUCGAGGCGUCAUCCGCGGCUUCUGACUGACCUUCCCGCAUAUUCCUUCAAUCAUUCCCAAUCCUAUUGGCUAGAGAGUCGGCUUUCAAGAAACCGACGGUUCCGGAAAUUACGCAGACACGAGCUAGUGGGCAGACCCUCUGAUGAUUGGAACUCCCACGAAGCAAAAUGGCGUUUCACCAUUCGCGUACGCGAGCAUGAAUGGGUCAAACACCACGUAGUUAGCACAGCUCCAGGAGGCAAACAACAGCCAAGCUGGGCAUACCGUAUUUACGUCCUCGAACAAGAAGAUUUCCGAUUGAUCUCAUCGGGAUGUAUUUUGAUUGAGCUGGCUGAUCCCUCAGAUAUCGUCGCUUCUUCAUCAGCUAAGGACAAAACGCGUCAGAAAUACAAGACUCUUUACAAGCGUGCCCUUGCCGAGUGUACGAACCCGUUCUCGUCGAACGAAUUUUACGAGACGCUUAAGGCUCUUGGAGCUCGAUUUGGUCCUUCUUUCCGCAACCUUCAGCAUAUUUUCUUCGACAACGGAGGUAGCCAAGCUAUUGCGAGCAUGAAAUUAGAUCAUUGGAGGACCACAUUUCCCACCGUACAAAUUGAAGAGCAUGUAAUUCAUCCUACGGCACUUGAUGUCCUCUUCCAGCUUCCAUAUGCCGCAAUGUCCAAAGGAAGCGAACACGCAGUACCGCUGAUGAUUCCAACGAAGGUCGAGCAUGUCUGGAUCUCUCAUGAUCUUCUAUCAAUCCCGAAUGAGGUGGGUCUUUCUCUUUAUGCCCGAACAAUUCGACGAGAGAUCAGAGAGGUGGAGUUCAUAACUGAACUCCUGAAUACCAGGACGUGGGAACCUCUAAUCUCCUUCAAAUCAUUCCGAUUGGCGGCCGUCAAUUCCCCAAGCUCCACACCUACCUCCACUAAUGAGAUCCGCCGCUUAUGCUAUCGGUUUGACUGGAAGCCUGACAUAAGCCUUGUAGGAGGUGAACAAAUCAUGGAAUACUGCCGUGCUGCGACCGAGAAACUUGACAACCCCGUUGAUCCUGUGGAUGACGAAGUCUGCCUUUAUUUUCUGUCGCAAGCAAUCGAACAAUUGGAAUCCGUAGGGUUCCAACCUGGGAGCCUUCACUUGCGGAAGUACGUAGAAUGGGCCAAAGACUUCCUAAACAAACCGCAAGCACAAGAUACGAGCGGCUUGAAGAGAUUGAAAGGGCUGAGCGAAGUAGAUAUAGAUGAUUUCCUGCAUACUUAUGCGGCAGGUUCCCCUUCAAGAGGCGCCUACCUCCGAUUCGGUCAGAAUUUACCUCUCAUUCUGCGUGGUCACAUUGAUGCUCUUCAUCUGCUGUUUAAUGAAGGCCUGGCCGCAGAGAUCUACAACGGCCCGGUAUUCUCCUACAGCAUACGGAGGUUGACGGCAUAUCUGGAUCUACUCGCUCACAAGGACUCUAGCCUCGACAUCCUCGAGGUUGGCGCCGGAACUGGAAGCGGCACAAAGCACAUCUUGCACACUUUGUCGCUACACGGAGAAUGGGAAAGUAAAACACCCAGGUAUAACACAUACCACUUCUCUGACAUUUCUCCUUCCUUCUUCGAGGAUGCUCGUGUGCAAUUUGAGACCCAUGCCGACCGUAUGCAGUUCAAGCUGCUAGACAUUGAGCGCACUCCAUUCGACCAAGGCUUUUCCCAUGCACAAUACGACGUAAUAGUAGGCGUCUCCGUGCUUCAUGCCACAAAGAGCAUUGACGAAACUCUGCACAAUCUGAAAAGCCUUUUGAAACCUGGAGGCCAUUUACUAUUAACAGAGCCCACCAACAUCCGAAGCGUAGUAAUUCCGUUCGUUUCUGGGGUAUUAGCUGGUUGGUGGCGAUCUAGCGUGUCGCAUAACGCACUAAGCCCUCUCUAUACCAGGGAUGAAUGGAACGACGCGCUCAUUCGUACUGGAUUCACCGGUUUGGAAGUGUUCCUAUCAGAUGAAUCAAAUGAUACGCAUCACGUCUUCAGUUUCAUUGCUUCCAAAGCAUGCAAUAUUGAGAAACGCGCGAGUGAUCUUCCCCCAGUCAUUGUCGUAGCCGGUGAGACAUCACUUCAGCAACGAAUCUCGGCUCAUGUUCAAUCGAGCCUGCUAGAAUAUGGUUUCAUGGAUUGCCGCAUCACUGACUUCAACUCUCUAUCGGACUUGAACCUUUCUGGAUUUGCUUGCAUAUCACUACUGGAGUUCGAGCGUUCUUUUCUGACAGGGAUGAGCGAGCAAAGUUAUACGACUCUCAGACGCUUAUUCGGCACAGCUAACCACCUCAUUUGGGUAACAGGCGGAGGCGGCGAGCAAGCAAGCCGGCCUGAGGCCGACGUCAUUUCAGGCCUCGGAAAGACAACCUCAAUCGAGAGACCGGAGCUGAAGUUUUGUCAUCUGGAUGUUCAAGAGGACUUGAUUAUACCCCCCAGUGUUGCGGAGCUCCUACUGGGUUCCAUAACACAAGAUGCACGAAACUGCGAGAUAGAUGUGGUCGAAAAUCGUGGGCUCUUGUACAUUCCUAGGGUUGUGGAGGCUGUGGAUAUCAACGCCAUGUACUGGGCAGCGUUUGGUCGAAAGAACCCCGCUCUGACCUUCGUAACACCCGGACAACUUGGUAGUAUCCACUACAUUGCCCAUGACACAUUCGAUUCAUCAAUCGAAUGUGGAGAAGUUAUUGUGGAGGUAAAGGCAACCGAAUUUGCUGGUGUCGUCAGCCAGGCCAGCCCCGAUACGCUCAUUCAAAUCGGCGCUCGGGUCUGCGGAAUUGUAAGAGGGAGUUUCAAAUCGCACGUUCGCAUCCACGAGAGGAAUCUCAUCGAGAUACCCAAAGCUGUCAAUUUCGUUGAAGCGGCGUCGAUUCCAGUAGCAUUUACUACAGCACAGUACGGCUUGGUCCAUCUUGCCAGGCUGCGGAGAGGAGAAUCUAUUCUCAUACACGCUGCCGCGGGCGCUGUUGGUCAAGCCGCAAUCCAGAUUGCUCAGAAGCAUGGCGCUGAUAUAUACGUCACUGUCAGUUCCGACAGAAAGAAAAAACUUCUGAUGGAUAAGUAUCACUUGGAGGACACGCACUUUUUUUCAAGCCGGAAUUCUUCAUUCCCGCAACAUAUUAUGGAUGCGACAAAAGGUCGUGGAAUCGACGUAGUCUUAAACUCUUUAGCAGGUGGAGGCCUUACCGAGACAUGGAGAUGUAUGGCACCCCUUGGUAGGUUUAUUGAGAUUGGGAAACGGGAUAUUGACGCUUUCGCACACCUUCCCAUGGCUCCAUUUUCCAAGAAUGUUACCUUCUCAUCACUGGAUAUUGCAACUGUCUAUCAGCAUGACGUUCGUCUCAUGGGGCAACUGAUGGAAGAGAUAGAGUGCAUGCUCUCGACAACACCACCGGAAAUAUCUACGCCCUACCCUUUGCGGGUGUUUAAGCGGUCUGAGUUCGAGGGUGCGUUUCGAUCCUUGCAGACUGGAAUGAAUAGCGGGAAAGCAGUUGUGGAUUGGGCGGUCGAAGACAACAUCCGGAUUAUCCCAAAGAGCGUUCACAAGUACAAGUUCGACUUGGAUGCCACUUAUAUCAUCAGUGGCGGCUUGGGAGGGAUAGGUCGAAGUAUUGCUCGAUGGAUGGCUGAGCGGGGAGCGAAGAACUUAAUUUUGCUUUCCCGCACAGGAGCUGGCACAUCUAAAGCAUGUGCUCUGCUCAAUGAACUGAAGGAACGAGGUGUAAGAGUGGAGGCUCCACCCUGUGACAUCUCAGACCAAAGUGCUCUUAGCACUGUUCUAGCACACUGCGAAAGGAUCAUGCCACACAUCAAAGGAUGCAUCCAAGCAUCUAUGGUAAUCAAUAAUUCCAAGUUUGACCGCAUGACGCUGCACGACUUCAACGCUGCCUUGCCAUCGAAGAUUUCCGGCACCUGGAAUCUUCACCACUUGCUUCCUUCCGGAAUGGAUUUCUUUAUUCUCUUAGCAUCUCUUGCCGGGGUCCACGGUGCAAGCGCGCAAGCAAACUAUGCUGCCGCAUGUUCUUUCCAGGAUGCAUUUGCACGCUACCGGCAUAGUCUUGGAGAAAGGUGUACGUCUCUAGACUUGGGAGUAGUCUCGUCCGUCGGAUAUAUUGCGGAGAGAAUCGACGUUGCAAAAAAGCUUACACUGUCUUACACUGGUCAUGACCAAAUGGAUGAGCGGGACCUUGACUUCGUCGUCGAGCAAGCCAUCACUAAUCCGACACCAAAAUCCUCGACUGGUUGGGAUACUCAAGUCCUCGCCGCCAUGACCACUCCAGCUAUGGUCAAGAAGAGCGGACUUCUAGAAGAGCAUGCCUGGAUGCAAAAACCCUCAUUCCGACACCUCUACCAGAUCGACAAAGGCCACAACUCAAUCUAUGGCACACCUUGGGCCAAGACCAACUAUGAGCAGCUGCUGCAAUCAUCUUGUGAUUUAAAGGAGGCUGGAGAUGUGAUUGCAUCAGCCUUGAUCCAGAGACUGUCACGCUCGCUCUCUGUGCUGGAGGAAGACAUUGAUGCACAUAAACCAGCGCAUGCUUUUGGAGUCGACAGCCUAGUUGCAGUGGAGCUGAAAUUCUGGUUCCAGAAUGAGAUCAAAGCUAACUUAACAAUAUUGCAAAUACUAGGUGGGAGCUCCAUUCAGGAGCUAGGAAAUCUAGCGGCAGAGAAAAGCGAAUACUGUUCGAAGGCGUGGGAUAACGUUUAA